AUGUUGCACGGUGAUGAUGCAUCUGGCAUCGACUUGGAAAGCCAGCAGAGUCACAAUGGCCUCAAGUGGCCUUCAGAAUCAUCCCAAGCACAGUCAGCAUUUCUGCAGGCCCGGCAGAGACGUAAAAUCGCUGACCUGGAGGAAAAGCUGGAGACCCUCGAGUCAGGGCGCGCUGCAAAAGAAAGGCAAACAAACUACUAUCUAGCUCAAGGAAGAGGCAUCAGGCGCGUCGUCGCUUUAUUUGAUAGUAUUGAAGACCUCGUCGCCGAAAAUGACAGAAGAUAUGAUGCCAACAAGGAUGCGGCUACUAUCGACCAAGAGCAGCUGCUAAUAGGGUACAAUAUCCUAAUGAGAGCUUUGCCAUGGUUGCUAAAGACAUCCUCCGAUAUCGAGCACGAUGAGUACACAUGCAUGCUCAAAAUGCUUAGGCAGGGGGCUGAUGGAGCUCGAGGCGAUGAUACAUCGAAACUGAAGACUCUUAUUGCUGACUGGGUCAAUCGUAAACUCAAACCGAAUCCCCUAGUGGACCCCAACGACAAACAUUCUCGCGGAUUCAUCAAUGAUGCGUGUGGCAAGUUACUCUGCCCGGCUGAGCUCGAUUGGAAUAGCCCAGUCACAAAGGCAGGGAUUCGAGAUCGCUCUGAAGGUUAUAUCAUGACAGACCUCUCUUUUCCGGCCUUUUUGUAUGAAAGGUAUACCGCCAAUCUGGACAAUUUGGAGGAAGGCCUUUUUAAGGGCAAAAUUCUGGUGCAGGGCUAUAAAGCUGUCUUCACAUCUCCCUCCUCUGCAAAGAACACAGAGGGUGAUGGCGAUGGCGCUGACGUCAUCGAGAACAAUAGACGUGCUAAGAAGACAGCCUGGGGAAUUAAGGUCAAAAAACACGUCGCACAAAUUAUCAAGAUGGAGAAAGUCACUCCCUGCUCGAUUGCAUAUAUCGCCUGUAAAGUACAAUUUGUGCUUUCUUCUGUCAUGUCGUGGUGGACUGUCGACGGUGACUUCAACUAUAUACAAUUCUGGCAGUCCAUCGUGGAUUUCUUCGAACGACCUCCUGGUCAAGAAGCACAGCUUAGGGUCAACAAACUCCUUGAGUGGUGGACUAGGAAAAUUUUUGGUAGGAGCCGCUGUGAGGAUCUUAGCGACGCGGCGAGGUCCAACAUGUCUGUCAAUGCCCUUGCAAGGCAGAGGGCACAACUCGAUGACACUGCUUUUGAUUCAAAUUAG